GUUGUUAAUGAAGAAAACUGGCAUUAGCUUUCCCAGACAUAGAGAAAAAUAAACUCAAGUUCCUCACAGAAAAGCUUCAUAUAAUGUCUGACAUAAGGUUGUACUACGAACAGCAGAUAAAAAUUACAUUCUAUUAAACACUAUAUAAAGAACAGAUGAAAGUAAAUUAUUGCUCUGUGAAACUAUUAAAUUACUGUACAAUUAACAUUUAUGCGGUAGGAUUUAAAAUAUCUUCAACACAACAAGAUUUAAGCAAGAAAUGUUUUAAUAUUGUUGAGAUCUCUAUGUAACAUACAAAUCAUAACUGACAAAUUAAGUUAUCUAUUUACUUACUAGGUAAUCUGACAAGUACUAUAAAGUUAGGAAGUAAAUAUGUUAAAGCUUCCGUAUAAGUGUGCAUUUUGUAAAAUAAUUGUUUCACCUCAGUGGAAAAUGAGGAAUCAUAUAUUGGAACAUACGGGUGAGUGCCCCUUUAAAUGUUUGAUAUGUGAGAGAACCUUUAUCAAACUACAUCAAGUAAAGAGUCAUUUGUUAAAACACUCUUGGGAGAGCCCUUAUAAGUGUGAUUCAUGUGGAAAGUUCUUAUCAGCCAAAAGCGAUUUGAGAAGACAUGCAAUGGUUCAUACUGGAGAGCGGCCUUAUAAGUGUGAUACAUGUGGAAAAUCCUUCACAACCAAAGGCAAUUUGAAUAGUCAUACAUUGGUUCAUGCUGGAGAGCGACCUUAUUAUAAGUGCACUACGUGUGGAAAAUCUUUUACAACCAAAAGCAAUAUGAAGGACCAUACAAAGGUUCAUUAUGGAGAGUGGCCUUAUAAGUGCACAACAUGUGGAAAAUGCUUCACAAAAAAAAGAAACAUGAAGGACCAUACAAAGGUUCAUACGGGAGAGCGGCCUUAUAAGUGCACUACAUGUGGAAAAUCCUUUAAAAAGAACUGCGAAUUGAAGAGGCAUACAGUGGUUCAUACUGGAGAGCGGCCUUAUAAGUGCACUACAUGUGGAAAAUCCUUUAAAACCAACCACGAAUUGAAGAGGCAUACAGUGGUUCAUACUGGAGAGCGGCCUUAUAAGUGCACUACAUGUGGAAAAUCCUUUAAAACCAACCACGAAUUGAAGAGGCAUACAGUGGUUCAUACGGGAGAGCGGCCUUAUAAGUGCACUACAUGUGGAAAAUCCUUUAAAACCAACCGCGAAUUGAAGAGGCAUACAGUGGUUCAUACGGGAGAGCGGCCUUAUAAGUGCACUACAUGUGGAAAAUCCUUUAAAACCAACCACGAAUUGAAGGGGCAUACAGUGGUUCAUACGGGAGAGCGGUCUUAUAAGUGCACUACAUGUGGAAAAUCCUUUAAAACCAACCACGAAUUGAAGAGGCAUACAAAGGUUCAUAUUGGAGAGCGACCUUAUAAGUGUGAUACGUGUGGAAAGUCCUUCACAGCCAAAUACUCUUUGUAUAAACAUACAUUGGUUCAUACUGGAGAAGCAGAGGUGCCCAUCCCCCCCAAACCCAGAGGCGCAACCCCCGCCCCCCCCAAGCCAAAGGAGUAGUUCUCCCCCCCAAUUUAUGCUGCCGUCUAUUUAAACCUACCCUCCCCCCCCACCAAUUUAUCUGACAAUUUUCCCAUUACCUCAUAAAACGAGCAUUCCAAUUUAGUAUUUAGUAAACUUGAGGUAAAGAAAAACAAACUUGCUGAUAAUAAAAAUUAAAUGUUUAAUAGGAAACGUUAACAACAUUUAACAAUACUUCAUCAGGUAUAUCUAACUAAUGGACGAAUUAGAAGUGUUUCAAUUUACAUUUCAGAAUCUCUAUUGUCAGCUAACAUGUGCUCAGUACUGCAAUAACGUCUUCAAAACGUACAACAAUAUACUGUACUAGGUGAAUUACUCUACUCCAACACAGUAUUGUAACUGUACAAUAUAUUAGGUGGCGUUAAAUUUUACAGAGAAAGAAUCUCAGAGAAGAAUUUUAAGAAAUCAAACCGCUUUAAAAAUGCAUUAAUAAUACUUUGGCAAAGUUUUUUUUUUUUCAAAAUUAUAGGCAGUCACGAAAUA